CCAGCUCUCCGCCGGCCGCCAGCCCCUGCCCCCGCGCCCAUGGCCGCGCCGGGACCCCGCGCCCUCCGGGCUGCGCUCUGUGGCGGCUGCUGCUGCCUCCUCCUGUGUGCCCAGCUCGCUGUGGCUGGUAAAGGAGCUCUGGGCUUUGGGCGGGGAGCCCUGCUUCGCAGGAACAUCUGGCCAGCUGUCCGAGGGGCCUGCAAACAGCUGAAGCUCUGUGAGCAUUGUGUGGAGGCGGGCAGAGCACACAACCUCUCUGGCUGUGUGUGGGAGCAAUGUCCGCAGGAGGAACCAGGACGCUGUGUGGCCCCAGCUGAGGUGGUCAAAGAAGGUUGCUCUGUCUACAACCACUCAGAGUCGUGUCCAGCUGCCCACCAUCACCCCACCUAUGAACCAAAGACAAUCACAACAGGAAGCCCCCCGGUCCCCGAAGCCCAGAACCCUGGCUUUGACGGGGCCAGCUUCAUUGGGGGCGUAGUGCUGGUGCUGAGCCUGCAGGCAGUGGCCUUCUUUGUCUUGCGCUUCCUCAAGGCCAAGGACAGCACCUACCAGACACUGUGAGUACUUGGCCAGCCAGCAGAGUUCCGGCUCACUUCUCCGCCUGACUCCUGCCCCUCCUGCCCCUUAGUGUCCGUGCACUGUCUUCUCAAUGGGGCAGCCCUAAGGGCAGUGACCCCUCCCACUGGCCCCCAAAUGAGCCACACCCCUCCCUUCUCCCUCCUCCAGGUGUGGGGUCCUCUCUGCGGGUGAUGGCUGGGGCCAGGACUCAGCCUGGGCCCUGUGUCUGGGAGCCUGGCUAAGCCCACCUGUCUUUGC